CAAAAAACAUCUGUUCAUUACUUUUUUAGGAAAACAACACGUAGCAUUUAUAAAUAUUUUUUUGUUUGUCACGAAAAUACUCAUGUAAAGGAAUCGCGAAGAAAACACAAAAAUGAAGAACUCAUACGUGAUAAUAACGAAAAUAGCAUUGCUGCUUAGUCUGAUAAUUUCAGCGGCGUCCCACGAAGCCAAGGAUUUUGACGAUUCAAUUUUGUACAAAAUUGAUUUUGAAGUGCCGGAGUUGAUUGGUCAGCCAGACUUGGGCAAUCAGCUGCGAACUUUCUACACACCGGACAAGGAGAAAUACGACUGUCUGAUUCCCACUUUGGAGCACCAGAAGGAGGAGGAAAAGUCCGAAAAACCGGAGUUGUCUCCUAUCAGUCUGCUGCAGCCCAUUUUCUCCGCCCUGACCUGCACGUACCGCAUCGAAGCCUAUUGGUCCUACGAAAUCUGCCAUGGCCACCAUGUGCGUCAGUAUCACGAGGAGCGCGAGGGCAAGAACGUCAAGUUCCAGGAGUACUACCUGGGAAAGUGGACCGAUGACAAGACGGAGCUGCUGACCAAGGCCUGGGAGGCGGACAUUAAGGCGGGCGUUAAGCCAAAAUACAAGAGCCUAAAGAUCGACAAUACACGAUAUCCCUAUUUCGAGAUGGAAUACAGUGAUGGCACAAUGUGCGACAUCAUUGACGCUCCACGCACCACCAUGGUGCGCUAUGUUUGCUACCCUCAUGGCAAGGAUGACAUUUACUCUUUUAAGGAGACCUCAUCCUGCAACUACGAAGCCAUUAUCCUCUCCUCCACGCUGUGCACAAUCCGUGGCUUUCAAGCCGAGGAGUCCAAGGAGCUGUCCAUUCAAUGUUUCAACUCCGAAUCGGAGCCACACAGGCCACUGAGCAUGCUGCGGUCGGAGCUGAACGAAUGGGCGGAAUCUGAAGCGGAUUUGCUGGUUUCCAAGGAAAAGGAGGGCAAAGCUCCAGGAAAACUGUGGCCCAAGGCGGAUGGUGACAUGGUCACUUUUAAGUACAGCGGGGAUAUGGACAAGGUCAUACUGGAGCUUAUCAGUAAUGGAGACCUAGAGAUGGACAGCGACUACCAGCAGCUCCUGCUCUCAAGAGCAGCCUCUGGAACAGGGCCCACGCCCAUUACCGAUCUGACCCCCAUCAAGGACUUCAUUUCGGGCAAGCAUUGCCUAACUGGGGGCAAUGGGUGGUGGAAGUAUGAGUUCUGCUAUGGGCGACAUGUGCGUCAGUUCCAUAAAGACAAGAAUAGCGAAGUGGAGCUGUUCCUGGGUUAUUUCUCGGAGGAAGAUCAUCGCGCUUGGUCCAACUCUAACCCGGAUAAGGGAGCCCGUCGAUCCGGUUUCACGUCGUCCAUUUGGCACCAUUAUGGAAAGGGUACCCACUGCGACCGCACUGGACUUCCUCGCGAGGUCGAUGUGAAGCUGACCUGCACACCUGUGACCAACAGCGGCACCGCUGUGUCCAUGUAUCUGUUAGAGCCAAAGACGUGCCAGUACAUCCUGGUCGUGGAGUCGCCCACAAUUUGUGAUCUCAUGCACUACGCCGAUUCCCACGGCCUGGUUAAGGUGGAGAAUCUGCAAAAGAUACCGUUUACCGGAACCGAAAAAUCGCCUACUACGGCGGCUCCCGCUCCUGUCCCCAACCCCGAGGAGGAGAUCCGUUCUUAGGUUGUCCUGCUAUGCUAGUGAAUUAAUUUUAAAUACAUUGAUUGUAAUUUUAAAUCGUUA